UUUAUCUUUAUAUAUCUCAAUUGCCUUCAAGUAUAACUCAACUGCUUUGGCAACAUCACACUUUUUGAAACAGUUUGCAGAUUCCACAAAAUUGAAUGCAGCGUCUGUAUAAUUAUCACCGCGCAAACUCAGCUCUGCAGCAUCAGAAAAAGCAUGUCCGGCCUGGGUCCAAUUUUUAGCCAUUUUAAAUAAGUUUCCAGCUCGCGUAUAGUACUCUAUGGACUCUUCUAUCUGGCAAGCACCAUUACUGAAAAGAGUCUUGAAAAACCCACCGGAGCUCAUUUUCUUUUCAGCCUGAUUCCGAAGCUGAUGCGCUUUCAAUUCAAUUUGAGCCAUUUCACGAGGUAAAUUUGAAAUCGGGUGACAAUAACGACAGAAUUAAUUAUUUCGCUAAUGUCAGUUUUAACAAUCAAGCUACUCAAAAGUCAAAUUCCUACUUUAUUCAACUAUUCAAACUGACUUAUUAUAAUUUUAAUGGUUGUUCAAAUGAUGGAACAGCUAACACAAGAAAAGACGUUAGAUAAGGAUUCGGAGCACGAGAAAAAAAGAAAUGCCGAGAAGAAUGAUAAAGUCAUCAAACUGGGUGUCGCUUUUUCUACAACAAUGGUUCCAUCAUCGUCAGCAUUGUCCAAAAAUAGAAAUAGAUCCGCUUAUAGUGAAGUAUUGGAGAGACUGAAAAAGGACUUUUACCAACGAUGGGAUCGAAAAUCGGUAUCGUCAAGCUCUGGACUUGAUGAAUUUCUCAAGAUAAAAACUUUGGGCACAGGUUCUUUCGGAAGAGUGAUUCUAGUAAAACAUAAGGAGAAUUCCAAAGAUGCCUAUUAUGCCAUGAAAUGUAUAGAGAAGUUGAGAAUAAUGAAACUGAAACAGAUCGAACAUACGUUGUAUGAAAAGAAGAUAUCGGAGUCAAUUCGUUUUCCUUUUAUUAUUUCCCUGGAUUUCGCGUUCAAGGAUAAUAGUUACAUUUAUUUUGUUAUGCCGUUUAUUAAUGGAGGCGAGAUGUUCACUCAUUUAAGAAGAAUGCGUAGAUUUACGGAAGUUCUCUCAAGAUUUUACGCAGCACAGGUACUACUAGCUCUAGAGUUCCUCCAUUAUUGCGACAUCCUUUAUAGAGACUUGAAACCGGAAAAUAUUUUGAUUGACCACAAGGGGUAUUUGAAAAUAGCUGACCUAGGAUUCUGUAAGAUUGUGAAAGGUCGUACGUGGACACUUUGUGGCACUCCCGAAUACAUUGCUCCCGAGAUAAUACUGAGCAAGGGUUAUGGAAAGGCUGUAGAUUGGUGGUCAUACGGAGUUCUGCUGUUUGAGAUGAACGCUGGCUAUCCUCCGUUCACUUCAAGUGAUCCAAUGAAAGUGUACGAAAGGAUAAUCACCUGCAGAUAUAAAUGUCCUGGUACUUUUUCCACUGAAUUGCAGGACUUGAUAAAAAAUAUGUUGCAGUUGGACUUGAGCAGAAGGUUUGGUAAUUUGAGAAAUGGAACCCAAGAUAUGAAGAAUCACAGAUGGUUCAAGGAUACGGAUUGGUUGGCUCUUUACAAUCGACAGAUUGAACCUCCAUUCAAACCGGCCAUCAAAUCUGUAGCAGAUACUAGUAAUUUUGACCCAUUUGAUGAAGAGACAAUCAGAAUAAGUGAUCAUGACUUAUAUAAGGAUGAAUUCGAGAAGUUUUAGUUAAUUUGAUCAUGUUGAGUCAGGAAUAAUAACAUAGUGAGACAUUCAUGUUUAAUAACACAAAUAAGUGGAACUGUCUGUUUGAAAUAUUUCUUCAUCAUGUUAUGUCUAUUGGAACUUACUGUAUUACCAGAGUGGAAUAAAAAUAGUUUAA